CUUCCUCUUCCUGUAAUCUGAUAUCCCUCCCUCUUCUUUCUGGUUUCAAACACGCCUUAAAGCUGAAGGUAGAAGCUGAUUGGCUGCAGCCUCUCUGCACUGACACCUGAUUGGUAGAUCAGAGCUCAGCCUCGUUUCUCUGAUGAGGAAACGAAACUAACACACUCACUCUGACUGAGAGGAGAAAUGGAGCAGCAGGCAGUUCAGCUGGACCCAGAAACUUUCUCCUGUUCCAUCUGUCUGGAUCUACUGAAGGAUCCGGUGGCUAUUCCUUGUGGACACAGCUACUGUAUGAACUGUAUUACAAACUUCUGGGAUGGAGGUGAGAAGGAGAAAAGCUACCACUGUCCUCAGUGCAGGAAAACCUUCACACAGAGGCCUGACCUGCAGAAAAACACCAUACUAGCAGCUUUAGUGGAGCAGCUGAAGAAGACUGGACUCCAAGCUGCUCCUGCUGAUCACCGCUAUGCUGGACCUCAAGAUGUGGCCUGUGAUUUCUGCACUGGAAGAAAACUGAAAGCCAUCAAGUCCUGUUUGUUCUGUCUGGCCUCUUAUUGUGAGAAACACCUUCAGCCUCAUUAUGAUGUGGCUCCUUUGAAGAAACACAAGCUGGUGGAGCCGUCCAAGAACCUCCAGGAGAACAUCUGCUCUCGUCAUGAUGAGGUGAUGAAGAUGUUCUGCCGCACUGAUCAGAAGUGUAUCUGUUAUCUCUGCUCUGUGGAUGAACAUAAAGGUCAUGACACAGUCUCAGCUGCAGCAGAAAGGACUGAGAGGCAGAGAGAGCUGGAGGAGAGACGAGGAAAAAUCCAGCAGAUGAUCCAGGACCAGGAGAAAGAUGUGAAGCUGCUUCAACAGGAGGUGGAGGCCAUCAAUCACUCUGCUGAUAAAACAGUGGAGGACAGUGAGAAGAUCUUCACUGAGCUGAUCCGUCUCCUCCAGAAAAGAAGCUCUGAGGUGAAGCAGCAGAUCAGAUCCCAGCAGGAAACUGAAGUGAGUCGAGUCAAAGAUGUUCAGGAGAAGCUGGAGCAGGAGAUCACUGAGCUGAAGAGGAAAGACGCUGAGCUGGAGCAGCUCUCACACACAGAGGAUCACAACCAGUUUCUCCUCAACUACCCCUCACUGCCAGCACUCAGUGAGUCUACACACUCAUCCAGCAUCAACAUCCGUCCUCUGAGACACUUUGAGGACGUGACAGCAGCUGUGUCACAGCUCAGAGAGAAACUACAGGACGUCCUGAGAGACUCAUGGACAAACAUCUCACUGAUGGUCACUGAGGUGGAUGUUGGACUGUCAGAACCAGAACCAAAGAGCAGAGCUGGAUUCUUAAGAUAUUCAUGUGAAAUCACUCUGGAUCCAAACACAGCAAACACACAUCUGGUUCUAUCAGAGGGGAACAGGAAGGUGACACGGACGCUUAACAAUCAGUCUUAUUCUAGUCAUCCAGACAGAUUCACUGAUUAUUAUCAGGUUCUGAGUAGAGAGAGUCUGACUGGACGUUGUUACUGGGAGGUGGAACGGAGCGGGUCAUGUGUUUAUGUAGCAGUCGCUUACAAGAAUAUCAGUAGAGCAGGAAGUGGGAAUGAAUGUGUAUUUGGAAAUAAUGACAAAUCUUGGUCAUUAAAUUGUUACAAUUCUAAAUUUGGUCACAACAACAUCUGGACCUCCGUCUCAGGUCCAGUUUCCUCCAGAGUCGGAGUGUACCUGGAUCACAGAGCAGGUAUUCUGUCCUUCUACAGCGUCUCUGAAACCAUGACUCUCCUCCACAGAGUCCAGACCAGAUUCACUCAGCCGCUACUGGCUGGAGUUUAUAACUUUGUAGGUUCUGCAGAGUUCUGUAAACCCAAAUAGAUUUUCUCUGAUUGUUGAUCAGGUUUCAUGGUUCUGAUGUUUCCGCUCUGAUGUUCUGUUCUUUGUUUUUCUAGUUAAAUUGUUUUUUUAGUUCCAGGAGUCUUAAAGGAAAUCACUGCUGAUGUUUUCUUUCAUCCUUUUAUGACAGAAAUUUUUCUCUACAUUUAAAUCUAAACUUUUCUCUACUCUAAUAUUUUUUCCUUUCAUAUUUUUAUUCACAUAUUUGUAUGUUCUUGUUUAAAUUAGUUCAGACUGUAGUGAAAACUAAUCUUGCUAAUAUUUGUUUAUUGUGAUCCAAAGAAGAAACUGAAACUACCAUAAAAUCAGAACAGAUUAUAUUUACUUUUAAAUGAUUUAUAUUUAGAUCAGAAUAAUAAAUGUCUGCUGUUCUGUAUCUCUGAUUUUCUUCAAUAAAAUAAAUUAUUACAAAGAAAUUCACAAAGUUUCCCUUCAUUAUAAUAAUAAGUUGUGAGUUUUCUCAUCUGAAUUGCCAAAACAUUUCCUUCAAAGCGUCUGAUGUUCUUCUGGUUUCGAUCAGAUGUUUGGUUUCUCCUUCAUUCAUCAAGAACACUCUGCUUCCUCCACUGCAGAGAGAUUACAGAAAGAAAGCUGAGCUGGAGAUCCUGGUAGCAGGAAUGAAGACGAGGUUGAAGCUCCUCCACUGGCAGUUUGUUGAACAUUGAGCUUUAAACCUGUCAGAAACCAUGGAGACAUGUCAU